CAAUUAAUUAAUUCUAAUUUUAUCCUUUUUACAAAUUGAAUUAGAAUUUCAUUCUUGUUUUAAUUUCUGUCUCCUACUUUCUACCAAACAAAAUACUGAAGUUUAUUUCAAUCUCUUUCUCUUAGUCUCUGUCUUUCUGUCUCUGUCUCUCCACCAAACGCUACCUUAGGAUCAGGUUUAAUUUCUGGAAGAAAGAAGAAAGAAACACAUGGCUGCAAAGUUUCUUCGGAUCAGGUUUGCUCAUCUUGGUUGGCUCCAGUUGGAUCUGCAAGGGGUUUUAUUUAUGGAGCGUACCCAAUAUGAAUAUAUAUGAUUUGUGCAAUCUUCUAUGUUAAAUCAUAUGUAUGUUUUGAUUGUAUUGCUGCUCUUGCUUGGUUGGUUGGCAGGGGAGCUAUGAGUAGCGUCUUCAGCGAGCAGAUACUCGCUGACAAGCUUAACAGCACCCAGCAAUGCAUUGAAAGUAUCCUUUUUUCUUCUUUCAUUGUGCUUGAUUGAUGUUUCUUGAUUGAAUUCGCUUUUCAACCAUAUGAAUUCUGAAUUACUUUGCCAAUUUGCGGUUUUGGGAGAAUAUCAUGGACUGUAUGACUCUUUCUGGAUGAGUUCUUGUGUGGGGAAACCGCAAGUAGAAAGCUAUGGAAAGUAUUAUUUAAAAUGUAGAUUUGUUUCAAUGUUUCGUGUUAUCUAUAUGUAACUAGAAGUUAAUGAACGUUCCAAUUUUAAUUUUGCAAUCACUGUAACGAUGGAUAUUCCUUUAUCAUACUUCACUGCAGGGUCUUGAUGGUUACAACUCAAAGCAAGUCCGAGAUAAACAAAUAGCUCGGAUUAUCCGAAAGAUAACAACAAUUGCUGCAGCAAUUUAUCUCAGAAUGGCGGGACGGCCACCUGUGCUUCCAUCCAAUCAACUUUCUUACACAGAGAACUUCCUAUACAUGCUUGAUUCUCUGUAUGUCUAACUGUUCUUUCUGUCAGGUUAUUGAUGAAACACUUAGACUUGGGGGAAUUGCAAUUUGGCUGAUGAGAGAAGCAAAAGAAGACAUUCAAUACCAAGUAGAUUUUGUUAUUCCAAAAGAAUGCUUUGUAGUUCCAUUUCUUUCAGCAGUCCAUUUAGAUGAGAAUGUGUAUAAUGGAGCUCUAAACUUCAAUCCCUGGAGAUGGAUGGAACCUGAAAAUGAGGAGAAGAGAAACAGGAGAACUAGUCCAUUCUAUGCACCCUUUGGAGGAGGUGCAAGAUUCUGUCCUGGAGCCGAGCUUGCUCGCCUUCAGAUUGCGCUUUUUCUUCGUUACUUUGUAACUACCUACAGGCUCCUAAAUGAGGUGGAAAAGCGCCAGUUCCAGCUUCGAAGAAGCCUGAGAAGGUUACGAACCCGUUGUUCGAGAAGCGUCCUAAGCAGUUCGGGAACGGAGGAGCGUUGCCGCCAAAGAGGUAUUUGACUCGUUUCGUGAAGUGGCCUAAGACCGUACAAACAGAGGAAGAAGAGGAUCCUCAAGCAGAGGUUGAAGGUUCCACCAGCUUUGAACCAGUUCACCAAGACCCUUGACAAGAACCUAGCAUCCAGCCAUUUCAAGAAUCAUUAGAACACCCACAUCAAGAAAAGCCUCAAGAAAUUGGGAAUUGAUCCUGCACACACGCCACUCUCUAAUAACACCACUGACCAAAAUCAAAUCAAACCAGAACAACCACCACUUCAAGAGCAAGAGCAAGAACAAGAUCAUCAUGAGUCUUUUAUUCUUGUUCAACCUGAAAUUAAGGAGGCAGAGAAGCCUGAGGUAGAGGAUCAAUUCAUGACCCCACUGUACCACUUACUUAAUUAAAUAAGAAUUGAUAAGGACUAUGAUGAUGAUGGGGAUAAAGAUGACAUUAGGACUAUAGCUGAUAAAUUUAGUAUAGUUGAAUAAUACAUUGAGUUCAUGUUUUGAAUUAUAGUUGAUGUAUCAAUACAUUUUGUUGAUGUAUGGUUGUUACUUUGUUUUGCUCAAAA